ACCACAUUUAACACAUUAAGCGACUGAUUCCGAGGACGGACAGCCGACCUAGUGACCGAUUAAACGGCAUUCAUCACUUUUUAUUUUCCUUUUAAAAUUAAGCAGUCCAAAGUGAUCCCUUAGGAAGCCCGGAGCCUUACACCAACUGGAAAUCGUUAGGCGUGUAGUGGAAACAGGUCCCACUCUUUCCACUUCAAGCGAAGACGAUGAAGAAUAUAUCAACCGAGGGCUCACUUAUCACGCGCUACACGGACCUCCAGGGAUCACGAUAACAGAAGAGACAGAAGCAUCAUCCUGCAGUUCCACAAAUGGACAACAGGAGGCGCCUCCCUCUGGAUGGGGGUGGUAAGCCCAACCUCAGCGUCUCGGCCGUCCGUGUGGAGCAUGUCCGUGAGCGGGUUAGGAGGGAUAUGGGCGAUCCAGUCACCUCCUCGCAUGCCACCAAGGAGGACAUGUCGGGUGUGCCAUGCAAGGUGCCCCGUUUCCAGUAUGUGGACUUCCCCUCUCUGCACCAGUGCAUCAAGCAGCUGUCUGUGCCACCGCUGCAGGGCUGGCUGGCCUCGUGCCCACUGGCCAAAGCACCUGCCUGCCAGCCCAGUGGCCCCAAGGAGAGGGCGCCCAAGUUUAAGUAUGUGGAUUACCCAUCGCUCUACCACUGCAUCCAGCAGCUGUCUGUGCCUCCGCUGGAGAUAUGGAGCUCAGGGCUGACGAGGCCCAGUCCAGAGAGGCAGAGCCCCUCGCGGGUGCUGGGGGACCAGAAGGUAAAUGGAGAAGCCCAGGUGGCAAUGACGGAGGUGCCGGUUGCUCACCAGCUGAGAAACGUGACACCAAGCUCUGGAUGGGAGACGGGAGGGGGUGGCCUCUCAGAGCCAGAUCACAUGAGCCGGACACGCUCUGCUCCUAGAUCAGAGUGCAAUUCCAGAGUUGAGUCGGGUUUCAGGAUGGAGCUGGAGAGCGUGGCGGCAGGAGAUGAGAAGGCGUACAGGCCAUCGGUCAUCAGCAUGGUGCACACCAACCGACGAAAGCACAGAACGAUGCUGGAGGAGGGGGCAGAGUGGGUGGAGCAGCAGGAACCUUCAGAUCCUACAGCACACGGGCAGCAGCAGGUCAAUGAGGAGAUCGUCUGUCCCUCCGGCAGGCAGAUGCUGAUGGAGCCGAAGGAGAUGCUGAGUCAACACCAUGUCCACAAAGACCAGACACCACACUGAGGCCUGACUGGAGACUCUUCAAAGAUGUUAUCAGUCACCGGUUCACUAACAGUGUGUCUUUGAACUAUCGGUGCAUUGCACUGCUACUGGGAGCUCCUGAUUGACAAGGAUUGGUCAUGCCAGUGCUUAUGGAUGGUGUGUUAGGCAACGGGGAGACCAAGAGAUCAAACUUGCAUUAAACAUACAAAGUCCAUUAGAAUUUAUAACAUGGGCCUACCGAACAUGUGAGAUGUUAAAAGUAAAGGCUGAAUAACUGGCCAUAAGAGAUGGCAAACACACACAUACACACAUGCCUCAUAUAAAGGUUAUAUUUACUUUCCUCUUACUUAAGUGGUGACCACUUGAUGUACUUGGCCUGUGGGUUCAAAGAACAUAAAUUAACUCUGGGUAGAGAAACUAUCUGGUGAAACUAGCUUUAAGAACUGACGGAGUUGCUGAUAUUCCCUGUCUGUGGGUUUCUGAGCAGUGAUAUCUAGUGCAGUGUUUCCCAACACAGUCCAAACCCACCACAUUUUUGUUGUAACCCAGCUCUUGGUACACCUGCACCAGGUAUUCAGUGUAAUGCCUUAAGGCCUUGGGUUCGGUGUUUGGGAGCACUGGGAGGUGGGAUAGAGCACAUAUGUGGGCCGUCUGUUGGGUUGCGAGGACUGCAUUGAAAAACACGGAUAUGGUGGCUGUCUGUCUGUGUCUGUGUCUAUACAGGGCUCUUCAGGGCUGAGGAGCACAUGUUAAGCAUUAUAGUUGAGAUGUUCUCAGCCUUAUCCAUGGGGUUCUCAGCUCUAGAGGGGACUAAAUAUGGUUCAGAGAGUAAAGGAUUUCUUUUUUAUUCCAGCUAUCUGGCUUUACAGAUUAGCUCGAGCCAGAAGGCAGUAUUAAUUGGUGAAAUAAACUACAAAAUACAAAAUAACUUUUACUUUUUGAGCCAGAUCAUUUCCACCUCUGCCCACCUCCCAGAGCACUGUGAUGUGUUAUGUAGCUCCUGUGUGCUGGGUUCAGGUGAGCUGAAUGUAGGGGAUUCAGGUGCGCUGAUCAUAAGAGGUUCAUGCGAGCUUAUUGUAGGGGUUCAAGUCAGCUGAUAUGAGGGAAUUCAGGUGAGCUGGGGUAAGGCACAUCAGAAUGGCUCAGGGGCCUUGGGACCUAGGUUGUCUAGCAUGAGCAACAAUUAACUUUUUCCAAGAGGAAAGAUGAUCUGAGCUUUUGAAAACCAAGCAUCCAACAGGACACAGAUUCAUUUGUGCUUUGUUCAUUUGAGGUUUAUAAGUAUAGCAGUUCUGGAUGACUAGCUUUGGGUGCCUAUCCAAACAGUAUCUAUUGCUUAUGCUGCAAAAACAGGUUUGUUGAUCUAUUAUUACCUGAUCUUUUUAUUCUUUGUAUUUCUACUGUCUUUUUUAUGGCAAUUGAUGUAUGGUUGUUUAUAGUUGAUAGAUUUAACUUGACAUAUAAACCCAUAAAAACUGGUUUUCAAAAUGUUUCCUUGUUUGUGUGCAUUAAAGAUUUUUGUACAGAGA